CCGCCUGCUUCGCACAUGCCACUGCCCAAACGGUAACCCUCGCCGUAGGAAGCCAAUCCGCCUACACAUAUUGCUGUGGCAGCAGAUAGAGUUCGAGCAGAACAAUGGCUCUUUCCAACCCAACAAUCAACCAACCAAUCUUGACCUCCACCAAGCGCAGUCAGUACUCGCGUUCGCCAUCCAGAUCUCCGAUCCGCAAUCUGCGUGACUUCGAUCCACUGCUUCGUGAUCUGUCGCCGACUUCGACUUUACGCAUCUUCGCCGCCGACAGCACAAACAAGCAUGACAGCGCGUUUGGAGCACGCUUCGAGACGGCAUCGGCAUCAGAACGAGCCCUGGGUGCCAAGGCAGCACAGACAUGCAUCAAUCUGCGCUCCUGGACACGAGAGCUGGAAGGCUGGGAAUGGCCAGGCACCUUCGAGAUGCCGGAGCCGGCGCGGAAGAAGAUGCGCAUGAGCGGAAUGAGCUUCGCAAGCUUGCGCUCCCCAGUGACCUCACGUGGCAGUGAAGAUGGCACGGAGGAGCUGUGGGGCAGCAUGCCAAGUAGGACGGUCAUGGCAUACGAGCAAAAGGUUGAUGACAUCGGACGGCAAUUAGAAUCAAUGGACCUCGAUGACAUGAAAGGCUUCGUGCUCGCCGCGAAUAGACAAGCCGGCGAUGGAUGGGUGACCGGCAACGACAGCAUCGGCCGCAUCGGAGCUUUUACGGAUUUGAGAAAGUUGGAUGACUUCACUGCGUUGAUUACGGCAACCAUCUUGCAGGCUCUACCCUACCUCUCGCGGCUGCAUGCGCUAUUAGAUGUGUGGAGUGUCCGCAUUUCAAUCCUCAAGCAAGCUCCCGCCUUUCUGCGUGAUAUGGAUCAAGCACGAACGGAUCUUGACCAUGGGUGGGCGUCGAUCGCGGUAUCUCCGGGAGCACGUGCGAGUACCGGCAGCGCGCACUUUACCCACGAGACCAUGGCUGACAUGAAAGGCAUCGUGGAGCAGCAGGUUUCCAGUCUCGGUCAAAGAUUGGACGCCUUCUUAGACGAGCUUGAGGGCAGAGAAGAGACCAUUCCGGAUGCUUGGAUUGAGGACUUCGAGAAUCUCGAAACCGCCUACGCCGAUUGGGUGGUGCAAGCUGAGCGCAAAGUGUUCGAGAAUCAAUGGCGACAGUCCACGGAACGAGAAGAACCAGCAACGGAGAAAGCGAACGAACCUUGGCAGAUGGUAGAUACCAUGAAGCCAGAGCCAAAGUCCUUUUUCAUUUUCGCCGAGGAUGUGCCACCGAACGACAACCAUGCGGCCGUCAUACCUUCACCGAAGCACAAUACUGGUUUCUUCGACUUCGGGCUGUCACCACUUCAGCCAGAGACGCUACUUGAGCCAGAGCCGUUCAUGGAGCAGCCGCCAUCGCCAGCUGAGCUCCGUAGAGGCGACUCAGAGACGCUGCCAGAGGGGAUGAGUGAGUGGGCGCAGCAUAGGGAGGUGCUGCCGGGCACCUUCUCAGUCCCCGACUACCGAUCACUCAGCCCGUCAAAGCACACAAGACACGUUCCGAUUGUUAUCGACUACGAAAGACCUGACCGCGUAGGACCGCUUAACGACUCGCUGGAGAACGUGGUAUUGAACGCAACGCCACCGCUCGAGCAAGUCGGGUUCGACCAACUUAAGCCAACCACGGACUCUGCCGUUCGGAAGCGCGCCGCCUUCUUAAAUGGUGAGAGUGAUCGUACCGCCAGCUUGCAGAAGCAGCUCAAGUCUCCUGUGCGCCCCUUUGAGCAUGCCACAACUGCGUGGACGCGACUAUUCAAGAAAGAGAAAAGCCCGGAUCAGUCGCGAUCAAACAGUAUGCUCUCAACUAGCUCCCAAAAACCUCCUGUGACUAGGCGUUCCACGGGCAAGGGUAGCGAAAGCGCUAAUGAAGAUGCCGUUGUAUGGGGUGGCCGGAAGCCGACGAGUCCGGUCAACCAGCAAACAAGCAACGGAGACGCGGCACAACAACUGCGCAGGCCGUCACAUAAGUCAUUGACCAGGCUUUCCAGCAAGACCUCGUCGCUUGAAAGAUCGUCAAGCGGCCCUUCGCUGCAUCAGCGUCCCGUGCAACGGGAUUAUACAGACAUGCCCGGCGGUUUCCGGCCUCGGUCAAGGUCCGCAGAAAGCAGGCGGAGGACGGCGUCACUAACGCCCAAGGUUCCUUACGAAGGCCAGGAACGAAGGCUAGAGCGCUUACCCAAACCCGAAACGUACCAACCCAGCCGCAUCUCAAGCCCAGCCAGUCCGCCAAGUCCUGGCGUAUCGCCUGAACCGGAGUAUCCGGCUGAUUGGCCGCUUGCGUCGCCCCCGGAGACGCAAGCCAAUUCGCCGGUUAAAGAAACACCGCCAUUCACAAUAGCCAGACAUGCAGUGGUGGAAGAAGCGGACGAGGAGGACUCUGGACCCGAGCUGCACUCGCCGCAGCUGGCGAUGGCGUCUGACACUUUUGACCGCUUCUUCGUCGAAAGCUUUCCUGCAACCCCUGAUAUGGAGUUCCAAGGCAACCCGCUCGGUUUUGUGCCAAAGACUAGAAACAGGUCGAGCUCGAAAAAGUCGUCGAAGACGGCGCUCGUCCCUACAGUCAGCGAUAUCAUGCUUGAUCCUAACGUCCCCAGUAUGCCCACUUCGCAUGCUCGCGCCGCCGGAUCGGUCAACGGCAGCAUAAGUCCAAGAGGUAAUCGUAACAUGCCGGAAUUUGCAGACUUUGACGGCGGUGACAUCAUGGAAGAGGCAUCGCCUGCUUCAAUGGCCAUGUCUUCUCCCGAAGCGCAAGUGGGAAGCGCAACGAGUGUGGACUAUUUCCACGCCCAACCUCCUUCACAUGUCGUAUCCGGCGCCGGUAGCACCGCGACGCCGAAAGGGACGCAGUCACAGCGCUCCGCGUCGAAGUCGUCUACCAGUCCGAUGCGCUUGACCCUUGAGAUACCGGAGUCACAGCGGAGUAUGGACGCCGAAGCCAUAGCCGACGAUGAUUCCGUCGCCAAGCCCAGUCUAGCUCACCGUGCGUCUCUGGCCAGUAUGGAACUCCAUCCGCGUGGCAGCGUACGGAGCAUUGAAAUGCCACCACGCAGCUCCCAUGGGAAAUCGCGUGCUGCGUCGCACCUGCCUUACGAACCACUUUCGCUGAUUGAUGGUCCAGAUACAGCGACACCUGACACAGCAGCUUCGAUGACUUAUAAAGGCAUGGUUACCUUCCCAUCGCCGCCCGGGCCGACUGGGAGCCUGCCUGUGAGUCCAGUCUCGCCACUCGGGGCGCAAUCACCAGCCUCGUUUUCCUUCGCGCCUUUGCCAAAUCCUGCAGCGAGGGAGAACGGUCUGACUGGUUCGCCGUUAAGUGGACAGUCAGAAGAUGGAAGUCCGAAGCCGCUGAACGCAAUCAUGGCAAAACGUCGACAUCAGCAGCCAGGUUUCAGAGGACCUACUUCAUCCCCAUUAAAGCAAUCACGGCGCCGUAAGCUUGACAAUGACACCUUUGACCGCCACGUAAGUGAGGUGCUCGAACGCUUGCCUUCCAACGCGAUCACGUUCACGUCCAAACCAGGCUCUAAGACUUCGACCCCACGUACAUCGGAACCCAGAAGCUAUUCCGGUCCGCGACCGCUGGUCUCCAAGCGUGCCUCCUCCGUCCAGGCGCUCACUCUUGCUCCGGCGGAGGCUUCGCCAAAGAAGGCCGCAGCAGACGAGGUUAAGCUUUACCAUCUUACGCAAGCGGGCAGAGAGGAGCCAAUCAAGCUGUUCGUCCGCCUUGUCGGUGAAGGCGAACGAGUCAUGGUCCGCGUGGGUGGCGGUUGGGCUGACUUGGCGGAUUACCUGCGUCAGUACGCCGAGCACCACGGUAGCCGAACCGUCUCCGGCGGCGGAAUCGAGUUGAUGACGGCAGACGGCACGACGACUCGGAAGGUCAGUAACUCCACUCCCGCUACUACUGCCGAGUCGAAAGCACGGUCGCCCGUCACGCCCGUUGCUGCCUGGGCAAAAUCGAUGGUGGGUUCGGGGGAAACCGAGUGGCUGAAUGAUCCUCAGCCGCGCUUCACCAUGGGCGAUAGCGAAAGUGAUACCACCAGCCCGGUCACGGCCGACAAUGCGCAGUGGCAUAGCAGCCCCGUCAACAGCAUCGCCGGCCAGCGCUCUACGCCCAAGAGUCCUUCUGAUUCUCGACCGUCGACAGCUGGUAAUGCUGCUGCGCGUCCGGGCAGUCGGCAAGGCUGGGCAGAAUCAGGCUUGGCCGGACCGGCGAGCGGCAAGAAGACCGAGUUACCCGAGCAGAAAGCAAGGUGGGUAGAGGGUAUGCUUGAGAAGGCGAAGAGGGCAAGUGCGGAGAAGGGUAAGGAGGACAAGACGAAGCACCUCGGCGAUAUCGGUAGAGCCGGUUCAACGAGAAGAGUGUUCUUCCGACACAGCUCUGCGAGGGUUGAAAAGAACGGCGAUGGCGAGAAUGUUAGGCCGUAGCGAAGAUUCGGUUGAUGAUCAUGGUUGGGAUAUAUUCAUGUCUGGAGUCUGGAGAAACGUCGCACAUAGCGACGAAAUCGGACCGCUGUUUUACGUGAUAGCGUAUGUUGCGUGCAUGAUGAGCAUUUGCAGGUGCAAAGGUGGACAUAUGUACUGUCCAGUCUGCUUCGAUGAUGUAAAUAGUACACAGAGUCGAGCUCAAAUGGCGCUCACAUCGCCUCACUGUAACAGCUCGUAAGCCUAGGUCCCGCCCAAGUACGCCGUUGAUGCAACCGAGUCAUC